AUGUCUCUCGGCCGGUGGAAAGUUGAGGACCGGGUUCGGAUCGAGAACCCCCUCAGUUCCUUGACCGAUGAGCAAGUCACCAUCGACGUCACCCGCUUCGUCAACAGCCGGGCCCCCUUCCUCUCCGACCGCGUCGAUGAGGUGUGCAGGGCCGCCCACGUCGCCAAGCACAUUCGCUUCUACGAGCAAAUCGCCCGCGGCUACAACACGGACGGCACCAGCCCGCCCAUCACCCUGACCAGUGAGGAGAAGACGGCGCUCGUGCGCGAAAAGGACAAGAUCAUCUCCGAGCACGGCAUGUGCUCCUUUGGCGGCGCCAACGUCUACGAGGGCUACUGGCGGCGCGUGAGCCACGAGCACAAGAACGACCAUGCCAUGGGAAUCUCCAACGGCAUCGCCUAUCUUGCUGCUGCUCUCAUAUCCCGUAAAUCAGAUCGCCGGGCGACGCGGAGCUAUCUUCUUCGCGUCUAUCCUCAUCAUGAUCACGUCGAUUGCGGCGGCCUCCUGUCUAAUUUCGACGAAGAUGGCACGGGCCAUUCCGAUGCCUGGAAAACCCUCGUGGCCCUGCGACUCGUGAAUGGUAUCGGAAUGGGUAUCAAGGCCGUUUCGACACCCAUCCUGGCCUCUGAAACGGCCAUUGGGUACUGGCGAGGAACCGCUUUACUCGUCUGGCAACUCUGGGUCGCUCUUGGAAUUUUCGUCUCCAACUCCUUCAAUCUCAUUUUCUACAAGUCGCCCAAGCCCAUCAUCUCCCUCAGGCUCAUCUUGGCCUCGCCCAUGGUACCCGCUAUCCUUCUCGCCAUCUCCUUGUACUUUACGCCCGAAAGCCCCCGGUUCUACCUCCGGCCCCACCGCGGCCAUUAUAAGCCCGAGAUAGCCUCCAAGUUUUGCGGGACCUCUAUCUGGUCCAUCGCAGCGCCCAAGCUUUCCAUCCGGAUCCGGCAGUACUUUUCGCGCUACCGGGACCUGAUUGCCAAUCCCAGGUUGAGAAAUUCCACGAUCUCCUCGUGCACUGUUGCCCUUGGCCAACAAUUAUGCGGGAGUAUGUGUGUCACCGCGCGGCGCGCUAGCCUAAACAUCUUUGCCUUUUAUGCAACCACCCUAUUCCUCAAAGUCCUUGGCGGGAUUGAAUACACAGGCCUCGCCAAUUUCCUAUUCGGAAUCCCCGCCGUCGGCACCAUAGACACUUUUGGGCCACGUGAACGCUUUUACGAGGAGAAACUUGGUCUUGGUGUUCAUGCUGGUACAUACGGCAUUUACAGCCCUGCCAUGGGGCCUGUCCCGUUCACCUUGGCAUCCGAAGCCUUCCCUCUUAGCCACAGAGAACAUGACGUCGACGAGCGCGGCGGCGGCGGCGCCCUCGGCCUCUUCGCCGGCCUCAACGUCGUCGCCUUCAUCUUAGUGUACCUCCUCGUCGAGGAGACCAAGCAGCGCGACCUCGAGGACCUCGAACAGAUUUACGCCGUCCCGAAGCGCGAGUUUGCGCGCUUCCAAGCCACCGUCCACCUGCCGUGGUUCCUCCGCCGCGUCUUCCUCUGCUCGCAGGAGCCCAAGCCUGACCUGUACGACGACACGACGGGCAACGUCGUCCCGCCGGAUGAGGGGGCUAGAACUGGGGGUCCAUGCCGGUCGGCCCUUUGA